ACAGUUCCACAGCCGCAGCAUUAGCUCCGCCCACCAUAGAUACAUCAUAGCAACGAAGCAGACUCGGACAAAGAGAGAUGAAAAACGGCGGCUGAUACAAACGCUCUAGGAAUAAUUCCUGCGAGUAUAUCGCUAGAUUACUUUAAAAAUGUCGUCGUUACAUCCCGUGCAAAGGAGAGGGGGUAUAAUUAAUGGUUAUCUCCAUGCAGUAAAAUUGUAUACUUCCACCAAUAAAAACGUAGAAAUUACGGCAAAAUGUUACUGGUCUAUGAAAAAGAGCGAGGAUCCCCACAAGAUAAAUAUGACGAUAAACUAUGAUGUGUGUGUCAUUGACGAUAGUCAUUGCUCUUGUCAGGCAGGACUCUCUGGAACAUGUGCUCACACAACGGCAUUGAUAUACACUAUUCAGCAUUAUAAGCGUCUUGGACUGAAUCAGGUUCCUGCAGAGCUACCCUGCACAAGUUUGCCUCAACAAUGGCACAAGCCUAGGGGGACUAAAAUUCAACCGGAACCCUUAUCCUCCAUGGUAUUCUCAAAGCCCAAACCAACCCCAAGAAAGAAGAAACCAGUUUAUGUGGACAAACCAAAUUAAAC